UUUGAUGGCUAUGAUGUUAUUGGCUAUGAUAUAUGUAUGCACUUGCAGCCAAACUAUACUGUGGAGCAUUACACGUCUCAGUGUGUGCAGCCUACUGGAAAUAGUUGCAGAAGAACUAGAUGCAAGUACUUUCUUAUGGACACACAGAAGAGCAAGCACACAGCAAAUACUUCAAGUAGACUGAUAUCAAUUGAUGAAUCGACUACAGAGGAUGAUAAAAAAUAAAACUAACACUCCACAGAGCCAGAGUGACUCAUCCUGGUUUGCUGGAUGUUCAGGGUGCAGAGUGCUGCUGCUGCUGCUGCUAUGGUUGUCCCUUCUCUGCUGUUUACCUGGCGCCAAAGCCUGUCUGCAGUGUGACCACAAGGUGAGACGCUUACAUGAAGACUUAAGCCUGUCUGCCCUCACGAUGCAAGAACAGAUUGCUAUAAAAAACAUUUGUGACCAAGCUUAUGUGAGAUACAGACAGAGCAGCAGCAAUCGAAGGGGAGUAAUUGAUCUCACUACCCUAUACAGAGCCAGAACAGAGUAUGAGAAUGAAUUUAAUCGCUUUCUCAAAGCCAACACCAGGGGUCCUCUGUCAUCUAGAGCCAUUCAGAUCAUGGAGAUGGGCCGGAGGAUCUUAGAAAAACACUUGGAUUCCUUCAUCAGUGAUCGACUGUGCCCCAACCAGUGUGGGCUUCUGAAAAGAAGAGUACUAGAUUGUGUCACUUGCCGCCACAAGAUCUACUACUGUGUGUCUCCCUCUGGCCAGCAGGACUGUGGUGAGAUCUCAAUACAGGCUGAGGAGGGAGACCAGGCGGUGUUGGACUGUUUUCUUCCAUGGCAUCCUCUUCUUUUGGGAAAACCAAAGUACCACUACUUCUGGGCCCCAGGAGAGCCACAAAAUAAAACGCUGAAUGAGAGUGACUUCAGAGCCUUGGUGGUGACAGAUGACUCACAUGUGGUCUUAAAUCAGUUGCAAGUGAAUGAGCAAGGAACAUACCGCUGCUCUCUGAAGGCCCAAAAUGGAAGCAUCUUCUACCAAGUUACUUUCCUGCUCACUGUCACCUCUGCACCCAAUGAAACUGACCAACGCAUUGCCACUCUGCCCGCUCUGCCACGUGCGGAUGAUAUACGUUCUAAACUGAGUGAGGACCUGCUGGUGUAUGUCAUCACCAUGGUCACUUUUGUGAGUGUAGUAGCGAGCAUUUGCCUCACAGUUGUCCUUGGAAUGAUGAUAAAUUAGAGGAGGAACUGUGAAUGACAUAGAUGUGGGAAAGAAACCACAUGAAACA